UAAAAGCUUCUUAAAGGAAUCUUUUAGUUUCUUUAAAAAAGCCGCACACCUCUCACUUCCACCCUAUCAGAGAUGGAGCCUCUCCUGCUUCCUCGAAGAAGCAGCUACUACAGGUACCCCUUUGUCUCAUGGUUGCCGGAUCUGUAUCUCAAAAAGUGUGUAUUAUUGAUUCUUCAUUUUCUUCUCUAAUGGCUAUUACUCCUUCUCAGCUCCAGUUUCAUGGCAUCUCUUUGCUCCAUUAGUUUGUCUUCUUUGAACUUUGUUGCAGGUUUUUGUUUCUUCCUUCUCAAUGUAUUUGUUUAAGCUAUUAGUUUGUCAGUCCCUGCUUUUUAAAACCUAACUCUUAACUUUUAGCUCUCAUGGGUCAUACUUAUUCUGCUCCUCAGUGAUCAUCAUCCGCACCCCAUUUCCGUUUUCCCUAUUUUAACUCAGAUGGAAAGUUCUCAUCUUGCAGCACCUUGCUGCUCAACCAUGAAAUCUCUCUACCUCCACCUUCCAUUGUGAAAAAAAAAAACCAGCAGUUUCUCUUAAAGUUGGCUCCUUUCUUCCCUCCUUGCCUCCCUCUCCCUCUCAACACUCCUUCCAAUGGCUCAAUCAUACUUCCCUCUUCGUUGGGAGAGCACUGGUGACCAGUGGUGGUACGCUUCCCCAAUCGACUGGGCAGCAGCCAACGGUCACUAUGAACUUGUCCGAGAGCUUCUUCAUCUUGACGCCAAUCUCCUCAUUAAGCUCACUUCCCUUCGCCGGAUCCGACGGCUUGAGACUGUAUGGGAUGAUGAUACCCAGUUCAUCGAUGCCGCCAAAUGCCGCUCUUUCGUCGCCCGAAAUCUCCUCCAUGAAUGCGAAACUAAGAACAAUAAGAACAGUCUGAUAAGAGCAGGCUAUGGUGGUUGGCUGUUAUACACUGCUGCUUCUGCAGGCGACAUUGGUUUUGUCCAUGAGCUGCUUGAGAGAGAUCCACUUCUUGUGUUUGGAGAGGGGGAGUAUGGCGUGACAGACAUAUUCUAUGCAGCCGCAAGGGGAAAAAGCACUGAGGUUUUCCGACUAAUUUUUGCGAAUGCGGUGUCUCCGAGGUGUUUGGUUGAUGGUGAAGGAGACAUUGAGGGGAGGGAGAGGAGAGGGGGUGGUAAUGGCUCAGUUUUCAGGUGGGAGAUCGUUAACAGAGCUGUUCUUGCUUCUGCCAGAGGUGGAAACUUGGAGGUGUUGAAGGAGCUUGUUGGUGACUGCUCUGAUAUCUUGGCUUACAGGGAUAAUCAGGGCUCAACCAUUUUGCAUGCUGCAGCUGGAAGAGGGCAGGUUAAGGUGGUUAAUGAUCUCAUUGCAUCCUUCAACAUCAUUGAAUCCAGAGACAAUCAAGGGAACACAGCACUACAUAUCGCUGCAUUUCGAGGACAUCUACCAAUUGUUGAAGCCUUAGUACAUGCAUCCCCCUUCUUACCAUGUUUCAAGAACAAUGCUGGUGAUACCUUCCUUCACAUGGCCAUAGCAGGCUUCAGAACUCCUGGUUUCCGACGGCUGGAUCGCCAGAUGGAGCUAAUGAAGCAGCUCAUCUACGGCAGCAUCUUCAACAUCAAUGAAAUCAUCAACAUUCAAAACAACGACGGUAGAACCGCCCUCCAUGUUGCAGUGAUCGGAGACCUGCAAUGUAACCUCGUGGAGGUUCUAAUCACAGUCCCAUCGAUUAAACUGAACACUCAAGACAUCAACGGAAUGACUCCGCUUGAUCUGCUCAACCGACGUCCUCAUUCCGCAUCAUCGGAGAUUCUUAUCAAACUGUUGGUUUCAUCCGGCGGUUUAUCUUAUUCGAAGGAUUUGAAGGAUAAAGCUGCCAUUUUUUGGCCGUUGAAGAUGCAGUCUGGGAUCGGAAACAGCCCAGGUACGUCUUUUAGGAUCUCUGAUGCUGAAAUAUUCCUACAUACUGGCAUCGACGCAUCAGAGGCCAGCGGGAGGCCGAGCUCAAGCUCCAGUACAGGAAAGAAUGACUUCCCCCACACUUACUUCGAACCUAUCGAAGAGAAAAACGAGCAUGCCGAUAGAAAGAAAGCUUCGAGUUCUGUGAAUAGCGCCGCGCGGCGGCUCAAGGUACUACUCCGGUGGCCUCGUUGCAAGGACACGAAAACUGACGAUGAUUCCGUGAGCUUACUGAAGAAAUGGAGUGAGCGCGAGGAAACACCUACGCCUCUACGUGAGCGGUUUUUGAAGCCGCAAUCCUCUGUUAUAAACAACAAGCGAACACUCGCGGUGAGGACAUCAAUGCCGAGCCCUGCCACGAAGAAAAAAUUUGCGGCUGGGCUUAUGCAUGGCGUCAUCCAGGCGAUGCCACACCUGGCACCUUCGCAAUCACGGAUGCCAGUAAGCCCCUCAUCCAGUUCUCUCGUCCCCUCACCUGCGUUAGAGAUGCGGAAGGGUGUUUGCGAAGAAGACGAAGAAAUCUGCGACACUGCCUGUUCGAAUGUAACAGGGAGUUCAUCACAGGGAUCGAGUUUGAAGAAUGCGAAGCUCAUGAAUCAGUACUUCUGCUUCGGAGCGCAGGGGUUUGCCGUGGAUGGAUCUUCAAUUAAUCAACGCCAAAGUCGAUUUUUUGGAGGACGUGUUCCUCCGGUAUCUUGAUGAAGGAAGAAAGUAGAUGCGUGUUUGCUGAACUUACUAGUAUUGUUAGAAGUUUGCUCCAUAUAAAGUUGUUGUUUUUGAGAAUGAGUGUGUGUUUGUGGUGAAUUUUCUUUACAGUGAGAGCUGUGCUUCUGUUUUAAUCAGUUGCAGUUUGUGAUGAGCUUUUAGUGUUUAUGUAAUUGUUCAGACUUAAAAGUGUGAUCUUUGAUGCAAGGAAUGCUGUGUCUUGGUUUGUAUUUUGUAUCAAAUUAUGAGUUAUGUAAGAAAUAUUUUUUUGAGUAUGGACUUGUGAUGCAAGGAACGCCAGAGCCAAUUUAUCUUGGCGAUUUCCUCAAAUGUAUUUCAAAUUCUUUGAGAAUUGGAGAA